AGGACGUUACGAUCCAGCGGAGUUGGUGCCCUUUCUCCACCCCAAAAUCCUGCGUUCUGUGUCUGGACACUAUGGGGAAUCCCCUAUAUAUGCCCGAAGAGAGUGGAUAUUCCUGUGAGCGCAUAAUGUGUCCGGAUGGCUAUGUGAAAUGCCCCAUGUCCUACUGUAUCCCGGUUCACUUUGUCGGGGAUGGAGCAGAGGACUGUCCACAGGGGGAGGAUGAGUUACCUUUUGAGUUCACAGACAAUGGAGUGGUGACAGAGAGGAAAGCCAACGGUAACUACCAGUGCCGGUCUGCGGGAGCAGAAACCUCACUCUUCCUUCAUCCGGUCAAGCUGUGUGAUAACGUCAUGGACUGCCCACUGGGGGACGAUGAACUGGACUGCCAGAUUCCCGCCUGUGGACCCGGCCUCACGUGUGUCGCUGACACUGUCACGGUCAAGGACGCUCGCAAGGUUGCCAAUGAUUUCGUCUUCCACACUCUGUCCCAUCAAACAAAACUACUGGAUCUGUCUGGAGUCCCAUUGACUACUAUAGGAGUGCUCUCUUUAGAUAAUGCAUUUACAAAUGUGAUAGACCUGAGAUUGUCAGGAUGUGGGGUUUCUGACCUGAGGGUUAGCGGUUACUCACACGGUGGUGGUCUCCAGACGGACUUUUACGGUGAAAUUGUGGGUGAAGAGAGAACAUUUUUUACUACCUCAGACUUGGACAACGUUCGAUAUGCAGACUUUAGUUUCAACUCCCUGACCGACGCAGGCAAUACCAUGGGAGGAUUUGUAAAAAUGAAGAAGUUGGAGACUCUCAACUUUUCCCACAACCCCCUGUUCACCUUGGACGCCCCCAGCAUCAGAGGGUUCGCGCCUCGCGUCCAGAUCUUGGACCUGUCCCACACAGCGGUGGAUGGCAACAACAGUCAACUGUUACCGAUGUUCACUAAUCUAAAGGAGCUAUACUUACUAGGCUGUCCGAUCUCCAACCUAAAGCCUGCCUUUCCGAACACUCUAAAAACAUUGGAUUUGAGAGAGAUUGACGUGAAAGACGUAGACAAAGACGUGUUCCGUGGCCUUGGCGUACUUCAGACGCUGCACGUGCCCAGCUACAGGCUGUGUUGUCCUCAGGUACGCGGGAAAUCUGUUCCUGCCCACGUUUGUUAUAGUGAGAAAGAUGCAUUGUCUUCAUGUUCAGACCUGAUGCAAGAGCCGCUGCUACGAGGGUUGCUGUGGGUGGUGGGUGUGUCCGCCCUACUUGGCAACAUGGUGGUCCUUGUGUACAGGCUCCUAUGGGACAGAGGCCAACUCAAAAAGGGUUAUGGAAUGUUCGUCCUGAACCUCUGUAUAUCUGACUUACUGAUGGGAAUCUACCUCAUGAUAGUAGCUAUUGCUGACGUCGUUUUCAGAGGUGAUUAUGUGUGGCAUGAGAGGGCCUGGAGACAUGGAGUUACCUGCAAGAUAGCCGGGUUGAUAUCUACCUGGUCCAGCGAGACGUCCGCCAUCUUCAUCUUCCUCAUCACCGUGGACCGUUUCCUGGUCAUCAAGUUUCCAUUUGGACAAAUCCGCAUCACGCCUCGCGCCGCUAAAGUCCUGUGUGUCCUCACUUGGCUGGUGGGCCUGUUGAUCGCCAUGUUGCCUCUCCUCCCACCGUUCCAACACUGGACCGUGUUCAGCACAAGCGGCAUGUGCUUGGGCCUACCACUGACCACAGAUAGACUGCCUGGAUGGAUCUACUCCGUCACUGUCUUUGUGGCUCUCAACUUCUUCCUUUUUCUUCUCAUCGCUGCCGGACAGUUUGUCAUUUACAGGACAAAAUCUGAGUCCAGUUCUGAGCUCAUCUCAAAAUGUAGCCGUCAGGCCGAGCGAAAGUUUAAGGAAGACUUCGCCAUAGCCAGACAGCUGUCGCUUAUCGCACUCACUGACUUUUUGUGCUGGUUCCCCAUCGGAGUUAUGGGUCUGAUGGCCCUGAAUGGUCAAGAGAUCUCCAAUGAAACAUACGCGUGGUCAGCGGUUCUGGUGGUACCAAUCAACUCUGCUCUCAACCCGGUCCUGUACACUGUGCCUGCGGUCAAGAAAAAAUGGAUGGAAAUCAAAAAGAAAUACUUCAAAAUCGGGAGCACAGUUUCUAAGCCAGUUGGAGGCAAACAAGAGGCCAACACAGACAAAGAAAAUAGCAGCUGGGAGGAGUCCUCUGUGAGCAUGAUGAAGAUCUUGGAAGACACCAGCAUUGUUCAGAGGAUGACAGAAGAGGAGAAGUCACUCUUCUCUUCUGAAAUUAAACGCUGUCUGAAAGGACUGGGGACCAAAGCGGGAUAACACCGGACAGACUGAGGAAAGAUAUUAUAGAACAUUUUUUCUCUUUUUGAUGGUUCUCUUUAUUCAUCUCUUUUUUUUAUAUAAGCCUAUCAUUGUAAUAAAAAAUAUUAUUUAUCUAUUAUCUCUUUCAUUGUGUAUUAUUGUACUUAUACUAUUAGCUCUCUUAUUAUGUAUUAUUGUAAUAUUGUACUUAUACAAAUAUAUCUCUUUUUAUGUAUUAUUGUAAUACAGUGGAAUCCACUUAUAACGAGUCCUGAAAUAACGAGAAGU